AUGACGAGUCAAGUGGCCAUCGCCAACAACUUGAAUGCAGAACAUCUGAUGUCCCUACAACGAUCGCUUCAACAAAUCCUCUCUACGGAGCUUGCGGAAAUAACGCUGGCACAGGUAGUUGACGGCAUUCCUAUUGAACAAAUUGACACUCGAUGGAUGUUUGCCUACGAUCCAGUGGUUUCUGGACGUAAGACCCCGACCGAUGAGGCAUUUAGGGAGCUUGUGAGAUGGAAGUCUACUUUCCAAGUAGAAGAUCUAACAAUCACAAGCACUAUCCCAGGGUUCGAGGAGCCCGAGAUAAUACGUCCGGCCCCUAUUCCUCAAAAUCCCACCUACCUCUAUCAUGUAGAAUAUACCUUCUACAAGCAAUAUCCUAUGGGUGUCGCUGAUAUGGUUGGGUACUGGGUUGAGUAUAGAUUACUUGGAGGCGUUGUGCUAUUUGACCGGAGUGAGUCCGAAAACAAGAUCGAUCAAUUCCUUACCUUCUGCCUCGAUGACGACGAGUCGACUCCGUGUCCCUUCCCUUUGACGGCUGAACGCAAUGCAGUCCGCAUCUAUCGCGAUGAUACUUUUGACUUGCACAUAUUUCGCGAUAAAUACGAGAGGAACCGUCCCGUGUAUCCAACCGACCGAGCACAACCUGCUAGGAGGAUUCGUCUAGAGGAUGACCCCGAUGCCCUGGAAAUGCAUCUAUGUUGGGAGGAGCGUCUUAAAGAAAUUGAUCAAGACUCAUCUAGUCGAUAG